AUGGAGAACCAAAAGAAGCAUUUACGGCAUGUUAUGCUUCAUUGCUUUAAAAAAGGCAAUAGUGCAAAGGACACUGCAGACGAGAUUUGCACCGUUUACGGGAGUGGUACUACGACCAUUAGGACCGUCCGCAAUUGGUUUAAGAAAUUUAGAGCCGGCAAUUUCGAUUUGCAAGAUGAAGACCGCAGCGGCCGCCCAGUAACGACGGAUGCGGACCUUAUCAAGACUGUGCUCGCUGAAAAUCCGCGAUAUAGUGUGCGCGAGAUAGUGGAUGACACUAACAUUCCCAAGACAACGGUACAUAAGCAUUUGAUCAAGAUGGGAUAUGCAAAUCGGUAUGAAGUUUGGGYUMCACACAUAUUGACGGAGACCGGCCUUAUGAACCGCGUCUCUACGUGCGAUUUGCUUCUUCAGCGACAUGAAAGAAAUCCUUUCUUAAAGAGUCUUGUCACUGGAGACGAGACUUGGAUUUUGUWUCAAAAUGUGUCUCGAAAACGCACUUGGUCCAAGGAAAAUAGACCUUCAACUGUUGCGAAGCCUGGACUUCAUCCGAAGAAGGUUCUUUUAUCCAUUUGGUGGGACUGA